AUGCCUAGUACAGAUGCUAAAUUUUUGGUAGACAAGCUCAAAGGUAUUUAUGCAAGGUAUGGUUGGCCAAAUAGGAUUGUGUCUGAUAAUGGUCCACAGUUUAUUUCUACAGAAUAUAGAGAAUUUUGUUAUCGUAAUGGUAUUAAAGCGAUAACUUCACCACCAUUUCAUCCAUCUACAAAUGGGGCACCCGAGAAUGCUGUUAAAACUUUCAAAGCGUGUCUAUUGAAGUUUUUGAAGGAGAGUAGUAAUAGCAUGUCAGUUAGUUCAGUGAUGGUGAUUAGUAGGUAUUUGUUUAAUUAUAGGAACACUCCACAUUGGGUGACUGGGGAGUGCCCUUCAGUGUUAAUGUUUGGUAGGAAAGUGCGUACUAGAUUACAUUUAUUAAAGGAGUUCGGAGGUAUAAAGGAAGAUCAAAAUAAACAUUUCAAUGAAAAAGAGAAGUAG